AGGAGGAGGAGGAGGGGGCGGCCGAAGAUGGCGGCCCGGGGCUGAGCGGGCCCCCGCGUCGGUGCCCCCGUCGGUGCCCCCGUCGGUGCCCCCCGCCGGCCCCAUGCAGGCCAAGAAGCGCUACGGGCUGCUGCUGUCGGCCGCCGCCGCGCUGGUCCUGCUGCUGUACCUGGGGGGCCGGGCGCCUUGGCCGCCCCCGCGGCGGGGCCCGGAGCCGGGCGAGGCGGCCGGGACCUGGCCGGGCUUCCCCGACGCCCGGCGGCCCUUCGGGCCCGGGGAGCCCCCGGCCUCCGACCCCCGGGCCUCGCCCCGCCAGAGGCGCGACGGCCAGGCCGGCCUGCAGCGGGGCCGGCGCUGCCGCAUGGAGUCCUGCUUCGACUUCGCCCGCUGCCGCGGCCCCGCCUUCAAGGUCUACGUCUACCCCCGGCAGAAGGGCGACAAGGUCGGCCAGGGCUACCAGAGCGUGCUGGCCGCCAUCGAGGGCUCCAGGUUCUACACCUCCGACCCCGGCCAGGCCUGCCUCUUCGUCCUGGGCCUCGACACCCUGGACCGCGACCAGCUGUCCCCGCAGUACGUGCACAACCUGCGGGCCAAGGUGCAGGGCCUGCCCCUGUGGGACGGCGGCAGGAACCACCUGGUCUUCAACCUCUACUCCGGCACCUGGCCCGACUACACCGAGGACGUGGGCUUCGACCUCGGACAGGCCAUGCUGGCCAAGGCCAGCGUCGGCGCCGACAACUUCCGACCCCGCUUCGACGUCUCCAUCCCCCUCUUCUCCAGGGACCACCCCAGGACGGGAGGCGGGAAGGGGUUCUUGAGGUCCAACGCCGUCCCCCCGCUCAGGAAGUACCUGCUGGUCUUCAAGGGCAAGAGGUACCUGACGGGCAUAGGGUCGGACACCAGGAAUGCCUUAUACCACGUCCACAACGGGGAGGACGUCGUCCUCCUCACCACCUGCAGGCACGGCAAAGACUGGCAGAAGCACAAGGACUCUCGCUGCGACAGGGACAACGCCGAGUACGAGAAGUAUGAUUAUCGGGAAAUGCUGCACAAUGCCACUUUCUGUCUGGUGCCCCGAGGCCGCAGGCUUGGAUCCUUCAGGUUUUUGGAGGCCCUGCAGGCUGCCUGCGUCCCAGUGAUGCUGAGCAAUGGAUGGGAGUUGCCGUUUUCUGAAGUAAUCGAUUGGAACCAAGCAGCCAUCAUAGGCGAUGAAAGAUUGUUGUUACAGAUUCCUUCUACAAUCAGGUCUAUCCAUCAGGAUAAAAUCCUAGCACUUAGACAGCAGACACAGUUCUUGUGGGAGGCUUAUUUUUCUUCAGUUGAGAAGAUUGUAUUGACUACACUAGAGAUUAUUCAGGACAGAAUAUUCAAGCACAUAUCACGAAACAGCUUAAUGUGGAACAAACACCCAGGAGGUUUGUUCGUACUGCCACAGUAUUCAUCAUACUUGGGAGAUUUUCCUUACUACUAUGCUAACCUAGGUUUAAAACCCCCGUCCAAAUUUACCGCUGUCAUCCACGCCGUGACCCCCCUGGUCUCCCAGUCCCAGCCGGUGCUGAAGCUCCUGGUUGCUGCCGCCAAGUCCCAGUACUGCGCUCAGAUUAUAGUUCUGUGGAAUUGUGACAAGCCCUUGCCAGCCAAACACCGCUGGCCUGCCACUGCUGUCCCUGUCAUCGUCAUUGAAGGAGAAAGCAAGGUGAUGAGCAGCCGUUUCUUGCCGUAUGACAACAUCAUCACAGAUGCGGUGCUCAGCCUCGACGAAGACACCGUGCUUUCGACUACUGAGGUGGAUUUCGCCUUUACCGUGUGGCAGAGUUUUCCCGAGAGGAUCGUCGGGUAUCCGGCUCGGAGCCAUUUCUGGGAUAACGCUAAGGAACGCUGGGGCUACACGUCCAAGUGGACAAACGACUACUCCAUGGUAUUGACGGGAGCUGCUAUAUAUCACAAAUAUUAUCACUACCUGUACACGCAUUACUUGCCAGGCAGCUUGAAGGGCAUGGUGGACCAACUGGCCAACUGUGAGGACAUCCUGAUGAACUUCUUGGUGUCAGCUGUGACAAAAUUGCCUCCGAUCAAAGUGACCCAGAAGAAGCAGUACAAGGAGACAAUGAUGGGACAGACUUCCCGAGCUUCCCGUUGGGCUGAUCCAGACCACUUCGCCCAGAGACAAAGCUGCAUGAACACAUUUGCCAGCUGGUUUGGCUCCAUGCCACUGAUCCAUUCCCAGAUGAGACUGGACCCAGUCCUCUUCAAAGAUCAGGUCUCCAUCCUGAGGAAGAAAUAUCGAGACAUUGAGCGACUUUGAGGCGCCUCGCCUGGUGGGGCGGGGUCGGGGGAGAGGGCAGAGGAGACGGAUGAAUUGUGUGCCUCUCUCUUCUUCGUCCAGAUUCCCUGACCAGUGGAGCCAGACUGUGCCAAGGGACAGAAUCAAUUAGGUGAACAAAAGCAAAAAGGCCAAUGAGAACUUGACUCCUGGCUCUUGGGAUUGAAUGCUCUGGACCAUUUCACACUCACCUCACCGCAGGUUUCCACGUCCCAAGACUAAGUUGUGUACAGUUUAAUUAUGGAACAUUAAAUAAUUAUUUUUGAAAUGAUUGCUAUGCAGGUUUAAACUUUUUUAAUGAUCAAACUAUUAAAAACCAGAGUUCUUUCUUUAAUCAAAA